AUGAGUCAAUUCCCAGACGUUUUGAACCCACACCAGGACGAUAUCCUGAAGAUGUUGGCUUGCCACACUCACCUUGGUACCACCAACUGUGACAAGAACAUGGGCACCUACGUUUGGAAGAGAAAGACCGACGGUGUGCACAUCAUCAACCUCGCCAAGACCUGGGAGAAGAUCCAGUUGGCCGCUCGUGUCAUCGUUGCCAUCGAGAACCCAAAGGACAUUGCCAUCAUCUCCGCCAAGACCUACGGUCAGCGUGCUGUCUUGAAGUUCGCCAACUUUGUCGGUGCCACCGCCUUCUCUGGUCGUUUCACCCCAGGUACCUUCACUAACCAGAUCCAGGCUAAGUUCACCGAGCCACGUCUGCUCAUCGUCUGUGACCCAGAGUCCGACCGUCAGCCAUUGAACGAGGCUUCCUACGUCAACAUCCCAACCAUUGCUCUGUGCAACACUGACAGCCAUUUGGACGGUGUCGACAUUGCCAUCCCAUGCAACAACCGUGCCAAGAACUCAAUUGCCUUGAUGUUCUGGUUGUUGGCCCGUGAGGUCUUGCACUUGCGCGGUGCCAUCCCACGUGACCAGCCAUGGGCCACCAAGGUUGAUCUCUUCAUCUACCGUGAUGCCGAUGAGGACGUCGAGAGCCAGAAGGAGAAGUUGGCCGCCGCCGCCAUCGUUGCCCCAGCUGCCGUCCCCUUGAUCGAGGCUGAGGAGCCAGUUGCUCAAAGCGAGGACUGGAACACUGCUCAAUAA